UCGGAGGUUUUAGAAGCAUUUCUCAAGAUGGGUCAAGCUCAGAGUGACGAGAACUCAAUUCCAACGACGACGACGAACACUCCUCCUCCUCCGCCUUCUACGAAUUCGCCGCGGGAUUCUCAUGGCGGUGAUACGAAUUCGUCUCCAUCGAUGGAUUCUCUCCUCGCAGAAGCUGCCGCUUAUGGUGAGGAUGAGAAUGAGAAUGAGUCGCUUGAAGCAAAGGCACAGAGAGCUCUCGAUUGUCCUUGCAUAGCAGAUUUACGUAAUGGCUCUUGCGGCUCUCAGUUCUCCGAGGCGUUCCUUUGCUUUUUAAAAAGCACUGCUGAUGAAAAGGGAUCAGACUGUGUGCAUCCAUUUGUAGCAUUGCAAAGCUGUAUCAAAGCCAACCCGGAUGCAUUCUCUAAAUCAGUUACAGAGGACGAAGAAGAAAAAACCGAGAAAAAGGAAGAGCAGCCGCCUGUGCAAGACCAUAGAAUCAUCCCACCUCUCUGGGCGAAAGACCCGCCUCGCAGUAACAAAUCCAAGCUUUAGAAGAUCAAACAACAAUGGAGUCAGCAUUAGAAGCUAUUAUUUCUUCCUCUACAUGACAACAGACAGAAGAAAGUUCAAGAGAACCAUAAUCAAUGGUCUUGUAGAUCAACAUCGUUCUUUAUUUUUGAUAUAAAAAAAAAAGUUGAGAUUUUA